AUGGUGCAAGAUGGCGAGGGAUGCGCCCUCGCCGGCGUGGAAGCGGCUCGAAAAGAUCCUUCGAUGUGGAUGCGUGCAUUGAGCGACCUGCCUUGCACAAGCUUUGGCGAAGGCUGGAAGAUCGUGCUGCAAGCUGCGGUGCUCGAUGCCAUGCUUGCGCGCUUGCCCCAAGCUACGCACGACGAUGGGGCCUGGCGCAAGGAGGAGAUAUUCUCAGCCAGCUUCGCAAUGGUGUGCGCUUUCUGGAUUUGCGGCUCACUGUGGACGAUGCUGUGGCUGGUUGUGGCGAGGUCAGCAACGUCACCGGAGCAUGCUGGAAGGUCCACCAUUGUCUUCUGGGAGUUCCAGUUGCUAAUGUUACUGCAGACCUGCGCCGAUUCCUGGAG